CAUUUAGCGGUGGAUUCUUUUAGGAUGAAUAUUGCAUGAUUCAUUUUAACUGCAGGUAGCUGAUAUUUUCCACAACAAAACAAUUUCCAUUCAUUUAUAUGUCUGAGAGUAUUUGUUUUUUUUUUCUUAAUUGUUUGAGUGCAAAUGUGCACCGGAUGUCUCCUGUGAUUUGUCUGGCUUUGCCUCUGGGAUGCACAAACUUGCUGUAGCUGAUGUGCGCGUCUGAUUCGCUGCGUCUGAAUCUGCUCCCACAAUUCAACAGGCAACAAAGGAAGAAAGGAAGAAGGCCGUGAGCUACAAAGUGUUAGCCAACCUGGGGCAGAGAGAUGUCACCUUAUUGUGUCAUUCUAGUCGGCAACAUAAACCCGCACAUUUAGAGAAGAGUCAAAACCAUAGUAAGAGACCCUUUGUGCUUUCGUAUGGGCACGGAAGCUGACGAAAGGGAAGGUAAUUUGCAAUGUUUUUUUUUUUUUGGACAGAAAACGUUCCCAGAGCUAGCUGAGUGGCUGUAGGUAGUAAGCUACGCUAACGUUAGCCAACAAUCGCAGAGCCUUGCAUGAACGUUUUGUACAAGACAAAAUGUCAACAUCUCUGGGCUAUUUCACCCUGUGAGACAAGAAGAAGCGACCGGCAUCAAAUGAAAAGUGGUGGAAGAGGAACUUGACCCAUCCAACUGAGUCACCAUUUUCCUGCACAUAAUGGGUAUGAUGGCUCCACUGUUUGCAUGACUUGUUUGGUGUGGCCUGAUGGGAGGACACUGUGGAUAGUACUUUCAUCGGGAUACCUGGGAAGGCAUCCCAUGCCCCCACUUUGGAGGGCCUGUCAGAAUGAAGAAGAUAAGCCUUAAGACCAUCCGCAAGUCCCUCAGCAUAAAGGGCAAAGAGGAGGGUGACUUUGUCAUGCUCCAGCAGCCCUCAGUGACGACUGAGUUUUCGAAGGACGAGUCACUUUUUGGGGGCUGCUACACCAAAGAGCUUUCCGGCUGUGACAUCGGUGGCGAGGAGGACAAAGGGGGCCAGAAUAAGGGGCGCUCAAAGAGUGAGGGCCUGAUGGGGUCACUGAAGAGGAGGCUGUCUGCCAAGCAGAAGGCAAAAGUGAAAGGCAGCUCUUCGGCCAUAGGCUCAGCGGAUGAUGAUGACACCUUCUCAUCCUCGUCUGUGCCCAUCACCUUCAAUGAGGUGAAAGCCCAGAGACCCCUUAGAUCGUCAUCCCUACGUAGUCACCAUUACAGCCCCUCGCCAUGGCCUCUUCGUCCCGUUAACUCUGAUGAAGCAUGCAUCAAGAUGGAAGUAAAAGUUAAAGCCAUGGUUCACUCCCCGAGCCCCAGUCCCAACUUAAACGGUGUCCGGAAAGAAUUUCAUGAUUUCCAGAUGGAAGGGCUCUUUCAAGACCAAGCAGAAUCCUUAAAGAAUCUCCAGCAGCCACAGAACGGUGAGCUGCAUCUAAAUAUAGAUGAAAAUGAUGUGCCUGACGUGCUGGGGUUGACUCCCCAGGACUACAUCCAGUACACAAUGCCUUUAGAUGAGGGAAUGUAUCCAGAAGGGUCCCACUCCUGCUGCUUGGACAGCUCCUCUCCCAUGGAGGUGGGUACAGAAGCAGACAAUGCAUCCCUUCACACUGACCAGGGACAGGAGGAGCAUGAACUGGUUAGUGGGCUGCCUCCAGAUCUCUUCAUGGAAACCUCAGUUAAUAGUCUUCUCAUCGGUUCCGCUGGUCUGAUGCUCCAAAGCUCGAGAGUAGAGGUCCCACCUCCGCUCUCUCCUCUCCUGCCGCCCAUAACAAGUAACGGUAAUUCGUUACUAAUUCCCAGGACUUUUUCAGGGUUCAGUUCUUCAGACAGCCAGGUAGCCGAGAGAGUAAGACACCACCUCAACUUUGACCCAAAUUCAGCUCCUGGGGUUAGUCGAGUGUACGACUCUGUCCAGAGCAGUGGGCCCAUGGUUGUUACGAGUCUGACGGAGGAGCUGAAGAAGCUGGCGAGGCAGGGCUGGUACUGGGGCCCCAUCACACGCUGGGAGGCGGAGGAGAAGCUGGUCAACUUGGCGGACGGCUCAUUCCUCGUGAGAGACAGCUCAGAUGACAGGUACCUGCUCAGUCUGAGUUUCAGGUCACAGAACAAAACCCUGCACACCCGCAUUGAACACUCCAACGGACGCUUCAGCUUCUAUGAGCAGCCUGACGUGGAGGGGCACACAUCCAUCGUCGACUUAAUCGAACAUUCUAUCAAAGACUCCGAGAAUGGAGCUUUUUGCUAUUCCAGGUCUCGGUUACCAGGGUCUGCAACUUAUCCUGUCAGACUAACCAACCCAGUGUCUCGGUUUAUGCAAGUGCGCUCCCUGCAGUACCUUUGUCGCUUUGUCAUCAGACAAUACACAAGGAUAGACCUGAUCCAGAAACUGCCCUUGCCUAACAAGAUGAAAGAUUAUCUGCAGGAGAAGCACUACUGAGGACCCAGAGAUAAGGCAGUGGUAGCAAUUUGCACUUUUGUGUUCAGUUAAGAGAUUUAAACAAGGUUUACAGAUAACCACAGUUUGGAGAUGUUAGCUUCCGGUGGCUCUUGAUUUGUGUCCAGGUGACUCUGUCACUGUUCAGUCCUCCAUUCCACUGAUCUGGGUGUUUUGGUUUUUUUUGCUCGAUGAUUAUAGUAGGCUCCACUUCCAGAAACAUUGUCCAGUACAUAGCUUCUGCAAAAACAAAGCAGACGUAUACAGCCAAGUUAGUGUAGCAUACAUCACGUUCAGAAUUUAGAAUUGGUUUGUGAUGUAUGGUGAAAUGUAAACAUCCAGGUCUGCAAUAAGAGCAGAUUUAAUGAUAAAAAACUCAAUUUUGGGCCUGAAAAAAAUCUAAAUUCUACUCUUAAUUUAAAAUUCCAUUGAAUUUGUAUCCACUAAAUUCAUUAAAUGUUUCAAAGAUGAGGUUUAAGUUUUGAGAAGUAUUGAUGCAAUGAAGUAUUUAUAUCUGAUUUCCAGAAUUCUGCAGACUGACUGACCAAUUUUGAUCAUCUUUUGCUCUUAUUACUUGUCAAAUUGUGCGUUUUAACCAUCUUUUUAAGAACGAUCAGAUCGCAAGCGAGAACUUCAUUCUGAAUUUAUACUAUGCAAUCAUAAGAUAUAUUAAUAGCAAGGCUAGGUUUCAUCGUAUAACAAGUAGUGAUCGGUAACUCGUGUUUUUCAUGUUAACAAAAUUUUCCACUAAUUGGCAUACAGGAUCUUCCUCAAGGAUUAUUUGCUCAUGCCUUGACAUCAACCAAAUAACAGUUAAAAAUGAAUGUGAUGUAGAUUGGGCCAGUUAGUUUUGAUUUUAACAUUCAGGUCUAUUUUCUUACAAAUCUUUCUCUUGAAGUUUUGAGGGUUUUCCAAAUCCAAAACAUUAACAACACUUUGUUGCAAAAGAUGUUCAAAAUGUGCCAGUUUGUGAGAAGGUUUGGACGCUUUGGUCAGAGGUAGAAGAAUAGCCUUAAAAUAUGUGGCUGCACGUAGCCAUUAUAUAUCAUGCAAGCCUAUAGGUACUUACAAUGCUGGAUUUUAAUGUGCUGUUUGUUGAAACAGCAUCACAUUGAUGUAUACACCUCUUUGGAAUAUGUAAAAUCUUUCUGCAUUAGGAAUGUUACAAAAACUGCACUGCAGCUCAGGCCUAACAACGUUGUCACUAUCUGUAAUGCUUGUAUCUGCAUGUAGUAAAGGCUUUAAGACUGUCAUUUAAAGGCACUGUAGAGUUACUCUUGAUGAGAGAAGAUGUCACUGUAAGAAGAUUGAACGAUUUUGGCUGUGUUGUUCAAGCGCAACUGAGUAAAAGGCUGUUUAAUGCACAAUUGCAUUUACCUUAGGCAGUUUAUAACAAAAGAAAAUUAACCUUAC